CAUGGCUCUCAACAUCCCCGGCGUAUCCGUGAUGAUGUUCUUCUACCUGCUGGUCCUCGGGAUCGGCAUCUGGGCUUCCAUCAAGUCCAAAAAGGAAGCCGAGAAGGGCCGGGGGGAUAAGACGGAGAUGGCGCUGCUGGGCAACCGGGGCAUCAACCUGGUGGUCGGCAUCUUCACCAUGACAGCUACAUGGGUUGGAGGUGGAUUCAUCGUUGGCACAGCAGAGGCAGUGUACAACCCUUCCAUGGGACUGAUCUGGGCUGUGAUGCCGAUCGCAGCAACCAUGUGUUUCAUUAUUGGUGGCCUGUUCUUCGCUGAGCCCAUGAGAAACAAUAAAUACGUGACCAUGAUGGAUCCUUUCCAGAUCAAAUAUGGAAAAGUACCGACGGCGGCCCUCUCGCUGGCUUCGCUCGUAUCAGAGAUUAUGUGGGUGACGGGAACACUCAUAGGAUUAGGGGUAACUAUGAGUGUGAUCCUGGACUUGUCCUACACUGUAAGCAUCUGGAUUUCUGCUGCUGUGGCCAUCACAUACACCCUGCUGGGAGGUCUCUACUCUGUGGCCUACACAGACAUCAUACAGCUCAUCCUCAUCUUCAUCAGCCUGUGGCUGUGUGUACCCUUCGCCAUGAUGAGUCCUGCUGUAACGGACAUCACUGAGACAGCUUUCAACUCCACCUUCCUGUCUCCGUGGGUCGGUACACUGAAGGCGGACAGAGCCUGGAAAUGGAUCGAUAACUUUCUACUUCUGGGUUUGGGGAAUCUGGGUCUUCAGAACUUUCACCAAAGGACGCUGUCAGCCGCCUCCUCAGCGACAGCUAAGAUCACCUGCUUUGCUGCUGCGUUCAUUGUUCCCACAUUAGGAAUCCCACCCAUACUGCUGGGUGCAGUGGCUGCAUCAACAAACUGGAACUUGACCACUUACGGUCCUCUAUCUCCAAUCGAACGUGGGGAGAUGGGACUCAUCCUACCCAUCGUCCUGCAGCACCUUACCCCAACCUACAUCUCCAUCAUUGGUAUUGGGGCGGUGGCUGCUGCUGUCAUGUCAUCCACUGACUCCGCCUUACUGUCCGCAGCCUCCAUCUUCACCUCCAACAUCUAUAGGAACAUCUUGAGGACACAGGCAUCAGAGCAGGAGAUCCAGUGGGUGAUCCGCUUCUCAGUUGUAGUUGUGGGAUUGGCCGGUACGUCCCUCACCUUCCUUGACAACAGCGUCUUGAUGAUCUGGAUGCUUCGAUCAGAUCUCACCUACACCCUGAUGCUCCCGCAGAUCGUAUGCGUCCUCUUCUUCAGGAUCUCUAAUGGUUACGGAGCCGUUCUGGGCUGUGCGGUGGGCAUGCUUUUGCGGGUGUUGUGCGGGGAGCCGCUGCUUCGGAUUCCACCCAUUAUCAAAUUCCCAGGAUGCACUCUGGUAAAUGGUGUUUACAUCCAGCACUCUCCAAUCAGGACCAUCUGCAUGCUGUCUGCCGUGGUGUCCAUCUUGUUUUUCUCCUACCUAGCAUCUGUGCUCUUCAACAAAGGCCUGAUUCCUGAGAAAUGGGAUGUUUUUAAUGUGAAAGCUCAGUACUCUUCACAACCACAAGAUGACACCAAAUAUGACACUACAGAGGAAAACUUAAAGGAACCAAAUGAGAACAAUGAAGUGUGUGAACCUAUGUUAGAAUCAACAUGUUGAGGAAUAUUAUUUCAAAUACAUUUUUCAUCAGUAUGGACUUCAAGAACAAAUGUAUUUAAUGCGUUAAACAUACUUUGAAUAACACAGAAUAUUUUGAAUUUUUGUAUAAUUUUAUACAUAGCAUAAAUGGCAAAAAACAUCACACCUUGGAUCUUAUUAUUUUUAUUAUUAUAUAAUACAGUAUUAUUUUUUAAUAAGGUGAAUAUUAUUUUGUAGGAAACAAAGGAAACCUGUGAUGGAGGUCAUAUCUUCUUAAAGAAGAGCUGCGCAGCUAUCUUACAUAUACAUUUUGAUGUGAGCUUACUGUAACCUCCGUAUGCAUGGUCCAGCUUAUGAUGUUCAACAAUUAAUCAAAAAAUACAAUCAAUUAUUAGCUCACACUUUGGUAUUGGCAGGCACUUAAAAGGACUCAGGCUGAGAUAACAAGCAAUAAAUCGUAAUGACUCUUCCAUCGUUAGGUUUUUUCCCUCUGCUAAUCCCAACCAGCUUUGAUACAUAAACGCUCCAAUGUGCCCUGGAUGAAGUUUUGGUGUCCCAACAAGUUGAACUUUGAAGAAAAACACCAGAAAGCAACCUGUUGACCUCGUGAUCUGAUGACUUAAUCACCUCUACUGUCUCUCCUCCGGAGCAGUGGCUCUUCUCUGAGUUCCUCCCCUGGACGUCUGAGCCCCUCUCCUUAUCUCUAAGGCUGAGCCUAGAUGUCACAGAGAGGAGGCUCACUUGGAAUAUCUUCAAGAUAUUUUCAUGGCUCAUAAGAUUAUCCAUCCACCCUUUAAGGAAACAUUAUGCAAGAACAGGUAUCUUUUAGGAUUUUGUACCUCUUCUGCGAUCCACUACCUCACCAAAGAGUGAAAGCCAGUCCAAGAUUCACCUGGUCGCUCUUCUCUGCUUUAGUGUCUUUGGCUCUGCGUGGAUAUCCCUGCUGAAGAUGCAAAGAUGACAACAGUUAAGGAAAGUGAUUGUGUUCAGGGCUUACUGCUUGAGAGGUGUGUCAUAGCUUCUGCCAGGUGGUAAUACCUGCUCGACAUUAGUUAUAUACUGCAGGAAAAGGCUUUUGGAGAGAUGGGGAAUGAACGAGUCGUGAUCCGCUGAAGUUUGUAUUAAACCAUUUAAAUAAGUUUAAAGGCUUUCUAUGCGACUUUCAGUGCCGAUUUUCAGGCCAAAACAAAUGGCCUCUUUCAUCCCUCAGCCCCUGUGGCUCAACACUUCAUGUUUGCUUAGAAUCUUUUCUUAAAGUGAGAAAUCCUGUCAGUUCGUGUUCUGUUUUACUCCUCUGGCAGUACUUGUGCCCUUUGAAACAGUAUCUGUUUGCACACAUGCAUUUCUGGAAAAUUUCAGCCAGGCUACUCUUAAAAAGCCUUGCAAAGCUGAUGGAAUUGGCUAGAUUCCAUGUCUGACAUCAGGCAGAUUUAUCUUGCAAACCUUCAAUAUAAAAUGUUUGGCUCUGGUCAAGGGGAAAAAAUUGUUUAAUUAGUGUCAUUCGAGUAGAAUGAGGCAGUUGCUACAGUGUGGUUUAGUUGUACUGCCAAUCUGUGAACAAUGGCUGCCAGUUAGGAGAUUAGCAUGAAUCCAGCUAUAGCAGUUUCAUUUGAACUAUAUGACAUUUCUUUAGAAAAGGUAGAGCAAAGUACCACACAGAAGGCUUUUUCUUGGUGAAAAAUUGGGUUCUUGCUCUUCUAUUGACUGGCUUUAGUAUGAGUUUGACGUACUAACUGGCUCCACUGAUAGUAAACAGUGGAGCACUCAUGUAAGUAGAGUUCUAGGGCUUUUCCACUUUGACUUUUGGCCAUGUCAAUCCAAACAAGCAGUGCUGAUUUAUUUUCUAUCACCCAUUUGGCUGUGCUGGGCUACACCAAGCCAGGCGCCCAGAAUGGUCCUACUCUGGAGUAGGGCCAAAGCGCACCACGGGGACCUCACAACAGUUCGUCAUUGUCCAGCGACGCCUUGCAAAUGUCUUUAAGUAGCAACAGCUCCAUCAAACUUUGAAAUACCUGCCAGAUUACCGAUAGAAGGAAGAAAAGGAAAUUUGGAGUAGAGACAAUGGCCAUCUCUUGAACAAAACAAUGCUUACUAAAGCACAGCUAUGUAACAUAGUUGCUGGAAAAUGCUGCGCCAUCAGCUCUAUACACUUUUGGCUUGGUUGUGGUGGGAAAGCAAAUCUCCUGCCUUGCUGGGCUGCUAUGCCGAGUUAAAUCUAGUAGAGCCAAGUCAUUUAAUUUGAAAGUCACAUACAUCUAUUACAUCAUACGUUUAGUUGCUCUGAUUGGCCAGUAAUGAAUGUGACUGACAGUCCAAUUACGCUGAAAGGUUCUGCCCUUCCCAAACACCAUGUUUGGACUGUUACCCAGAUGAACAGUCUAUCUCAUGUGUCAGGUUACCUCAAGUCUCCCUCAGAUGCGCGUUCACUUAUAUACCUCAGUAGAUGGGUUGGACAAAGCUGAAGAGACUUGCCUUUACAUUAAUGCUUUGCAUAAUUUGAUAUAUGCGGUAUGGCUAUUAAAGACAAGACUAAUGCAGUAAUACAAUGUUAUUAACAUAAACCUUUUUCAAUGUCUUUCUCCUUCAAUGUACCCCCCAUCAACACACCACUGCAUUCACGUCUUCCCCUGAUCAAAGCAGUGCAGUAGGUCUUCUUCAGACAGUUGUCUCAGAACCUCUGACGUGUUCCUUUGAGAAAAGAUUUGAUCUUUGGAAAAAGGAAAAAGUCACAUGGUGGUAGAUCAGGUGAAUAGGAGGGUGAUCAAGCUAGCGUUGUUGUUGGACCAGAAACUGCUUUGCUGAGAGCACAGUGUGAGCGGGCGCAUUGCCUAGUGAAGAAAGCAUUUUUUCCACAGUUUUGGUCUCUUUCUUUGGACUCUUUCUUGCAGUUUCCUAGAACCCAUUCCUCCAAAAUUAGACCCUUAAUGUCAAAGAAAACAAUCAACAUGGGCUUGAAUUUGGACUUGCUUUGUCAUGCUUUCUUCAUUCUUGGUGGUGAUGGUGUGUUUUCCAAUGCAUUGACUGCUAUUUUGUCUUAGGAUCAACUUAAAAGACCCAAUUUUUAUUGCAUGUAAUCACUCCUAAAAAAAUUGUUUUUCCUUCAGUUUAUUCCAAAAUGUCUUAGAUGAUUUUCUUGCAUUUCUUUUUUUUUUUUUUUUUCGUUUUUUGUUUUUUUUUUGAUUAGCAGUCAAAAGUUUUGGGACAA